GUAACUUUUUGGCUGUUUAACGUUAGCCUUUGCGGAAGCUCACCCGAAGUGCGGGACAAGUUCAAGUGCAAAUUGUACCACCAUGCUGCAGAUAUUACCAAUUUAUCUCGCGAUCCUGUGCGGGAUAUUCUGUAUUAUCCGCAGCGAACCCACCUCCAGCGUAACAAUCGUACUGGGCAGGAGUCUCAUUCUCCCCCACCUGGCGCAAUCACCAGUCCAUCUUCCAGCGAGCCCUUCAUCGCCACCCGCGAAUGGCAGCCCAUUCGGGAGAGCCAGUCCAUCCCCGCUGGUCUGCACGUUCGUCUGGAUCUGGCCAGCGGACAGCGUCAUGCCAAACUUAUGGAUCCCGCGGAGCCCGCUGCCCACGAGGUGGCGGCGUUCUCCGCAGAGGAACGGCUGUAUCUUGGAGCGCAGAAGGACGACACGUCCUCACGGACGCUGCUCCGCGACGAACUGCAGCGGACUUUGGAAGGUAUUAACAAGCAGCUGGAUGCUGAGGAUACUCAGGGAAAGGAGGGAGAAGACGCGGAGAGGGUCAAGAAGCAGUUUCGCAGUAUGGAGGAAUUAAAGAAGGAGUUUGCGGAGAUGAAUCUGGCUAUCAAGACGGAUCGGGAGAUUUUGAAGGAAUUGGUGCAGCAAUUGACGGUGAUGCAGCGCGACAGAGAAGCAGCAGAGAAGGAUAAGCUGAUCAAUGUUCUGCAGGAUGUGGAAUAUCUAGUGCAUCAAGUGGACAACGCCCGGGAUUUUGUCGAUAUGAAAGGCCUGCGCAUCCUGAAGCCCUUCCUGCUGAUGACCGAACACGAACCUCUCAUCCGUGCCGAAUCCGCCCACAUCCUGGGAUCGGCUGCGCAGAGCAAUGCCAAAGUGCAGAUUGCUGUUUUGGAGGAGGGUUUGCUGGAGAUCCUUCUGAAGGGGAUUCACUCGCUUUCGCAUGCCGAGAAACUCUCCGCUCCAGGCGAACAAACGCUGGCUCGUUUCUUGUACGCUGUAUCAGCGUUGGUGCGGCAUUUUCCGCUGGCACAGAAGCGUUUUGUUGCCGCGAAUGGUGUGGCGGAAUUGGUACACGUUAUGCGGAAUAGCCGUGAGACGCCCAAGUUGCAGCGGAAAGUGAUGGCGUUCUUCAAUGAUCUGCUUAUGGAGCGGAUGAAUGCUGGGCUUCCUGAUGCAACCAAACAGUCCGACGAUUUGCAGCGUGAACGGGCGCGUCAGUACGGCGAAAUCCCUCUGGAAAGCCGAUUAGCCAGCAGUGGAUGGUGUGAAUCCCUGGUGGAUGUAUUUGCUUCUGCAGACCGGCAGUUUGAUGCAUCGGAAGCCCAUAAUGCCCUGCAUCUGCACGGCACAACAUGUCAGCCGAUUUUCAAGGCCAACUGGGAGAAGAUCCAGUUUUUGUGUGUAUUUUUUCGGCAGAAAGCCAGUUCAGAUGCCGAGAUAGAAUCCGAUGAAUAUUAUACUGCUUUUGCCAAAUCUUGUGAUGAUUUUGUUAAGGUUUACAAAAUUAGUGACGUCCCUGAUGACGUUAGAAAAGACGAACUGUGAUUUUCAUCUGCCCGUACGGUAUUUGUUUGCGUAGUAUUCUUGUACAUUUUGAUCAAGUUAAUUAAGUAUGAAAACUUGCGAUAUUUUGUGGAAAUUCUUCGUUGUUUACAGUACUACAGAACAGCAGGAAUUAUGCUGGAAUAUCCACCAUUCACGAACUAAUCUUCUGUUUUAUUGUUAACGUUACUGCUGGCCAUAAAAG